AUGAGUUUGCCUGCGACUCUGGUCGACGCAUCCCAGGUUGGGAUAGAAGAAGAACACGUACAUUCUAUUUAUGAGAAGAUAGCUCCUCACUUUUCAGACACGAGAUAUAAGCCAUGGCCUGUAGUUGACGCUUUCUUGAAAGACCUGCCAGAUGGAAUGUGUGGUCUAGAUAUUGGCUGUGGGAAUGGCAAGUACAUGGGUGUCAACCCCAACAUCUUUAUUGUUGGUUCAGACAGGAGUCCAUCACUAUGUGGCAUCGCUGCAUCAAAGGGCCAUUCAUGUGUCGUUGCAGACACACUCGCACUUCCACAUCCUUCAUCACGCUUUGACUUUUGUCUAAGCAUCGCAGUUAUCCACCACCUGCACACACCUGAACGUCGCCUACGUGCCAUAAAGGAAAUGUUUAGGAUCCUAAAACCAGGUGGUAAAGCCCUAAUCUUCGUAUGGGCUCUCGAACAGGAAACCAAAUACCGGACAUUUGAAGGACAAGAUGUUCUUGUACCUUGGAAUCUUCCAAAGAGAUACGGUGGUGCACGGACGUUAGAGAAUGCAGUAGCUGAUAAUGUCGUGCUAGAGACUGAUAAGAUCUAUCAGAGGUACUACCACAUGUUUGUCAAGGGGGAAUUAGAAGGUCUCAUUACGCAAGCAUGUCCAGAUGCUAUUCUAGAGUCCGGGUACCAGAGAGAUAACUGGUAUUGCAUGGCAACAAAGGUUGGGUAG